GAAGGAGUGAAGACUGGAGCUGUGUUGUGAGAACUGAAGUAAGGGAGACCCUGCCUUAGCAGGACAAGGAGACUUCCUCCCCCCAGCAUCUAAGGACCGAGGUUAACCCCACCUAAGGGGGAUGAGGUGCCCAACGAACUUUGAAGAGCCCAGCUCUGCCGAUGCAGCGUGCGUUCCUUAAAGCCCUGAUAGUCUGUAGACACAGGAUCCAGGAGGAAUUUUCAACACACUGAGAAACAAGGAUGGUGGUCUGCAUACAGUUGUGGUGGAUUCUAAAAGUGCUUACCCUGUCUUUCUUGCUGAAAACGACUCUGUCCUUAAAUCCAGAUGAUCCCAAUGUUUGUAGUCACUGGGAAAGCUAUGCCGUGACAGUGCAGGAAUCUUAUGCUCAUCCUUUCGAUCAGAUCUAUUAUACGAGAUGUACUGAUAUACUGAACUGGUUCAAGUGCACUAGACAUCGAAUAAGUUAUAAAACAGCAUAUCGAAGAGGACUAAGAACAAUGUAUCGGCGAAGAUCUCAGUGCUGCCCUGGAUAUUAUGAAAGUGGAGACUUCUGCAUACCUCUCUGCACAGAGGAGUGUGUGCAUGGAAGAUGUGUAUCUCCAGAUACCUGUCAUUGUGAACCAGGCUGGGGAGGCACUGACUGCUCCAGUGGUUGUGAUAGUGAUCACUGGGGACCGCAUUGUAGCAACCGCUGCCAAUGCCAGAACGAGGCUCUCUGCAACCCUAUCACUGGAGCCUGUGUCUGUGCAGAUGGGUACCAAGGAUGGCGCUGUGAAGAGCUCUGUGACCCUGGGACUUAUGGAAAGGGCUGCCAGUUUAAAUGCCAGUGCCAAAAUGGAGCAACCUGUGACCAUAAAACAGGAGAAUGUCAUUGUGCUCCCGGAUACGCAGGGGUAUUCUGUGAAGAGCACUGCCCUCCAGGCAGUCAUGGAGCUCAGUGUGAAUUGCGCUGCCCAUGCCAGAAUGGGGGAGUCUGUCACCAUAUCACUGGCGAGUGCUCCUGUCCGCCUGGAUGGAUGGGUUUUGUAUGUGCAGAGCCAUGCCCUUCCGGAACCUUUGGAAUUAACUGCAGCCAGGAUUGUCCGUGCCAUAACGGAGGACAUUGUGAUCAUGUGACAGGAAAAUGCCUGUGUACAGCUGGAUAUAUGGGAGACAGGUGUCAAGAGGAGUGUCCUAUUGGGACAUACGGCUUUCAGUGCACUCAAAAAUGUGACUGUCAAAAUGGUGCAAAGUGUUACCACGUAAACGGAGCAUGUAUGUGCGACCCUGGGUUUAAAGGGAUUCGUUGCCAAGAAAGAAUGUGUCCAGAAGGGCUUUAUGGCCUAAAAUGCCACAAGAAAUGUCCUUGUAAUAUUACCAACACUCUCAGCUGCCAUCCACUCUCUGGAGAAUGUACCUGUAAAGCUGGCUCGGCUGGACUCUAUUGCAAUGACACCUGUCCUCCUGGAUACUAUGGUGAAGGCUGCCAGCUGACCUGCCUUUGCCAGAACGGUGCAGAUUGUGGUAGCGUGACAGGGAAAUGCACCUGUGCUCCAGGAUUUAUGGGAGAUGACUGCUCCAUUACUUGUGGGGCCGGAACAUACGGAGCCAACUGCUCGUCAGUGUGUAACUGCAGAAAUGAUGGUGCAUGUUCCCCGGUGGACGGCUUGUGUCUUUGCAAAGAAGGAUGGCAGGGUGUUGACUGCUCCAUUCCAUGUCCAAGUGGAACUUGGGGUCUAAACUGUAACCAGACAUGUUACUGUGCCAAUGGGGCAGCCUGCAAUCCAGUGGAUGGGUUUUGUCUUUGUUCGCCUGGAUGGCAAGGAGAGUACUGUGAUCAGGCCUGCCCUGAUGGAACAUAUGGUCUUAAUUGCAGUGAACGCUGUGACUGUAGCCAUGCAGAUGGGUGCGAUGCCGUCACUGGUUAUUGUUGCUGUCUUGCUGGGUGGACAGGCAUCCGUUGUGAUAACGUAUGCGCACAGGGCCGCUGGGGACCAAACUGCUCCAUCUCUUGUCACUGUGAGAACGGGGGAUCCUGUUCGCCGGAGGAUGGGACUUGCGAGUGUGCGCCAGGAUAUAGAGGACUCAUGUGCCAGAGAAUUUGUUCACCUGGCUUUUAUGGGCAUCAUUGCAGUCAAGCAUGUCCCCCGUGUGUGCACAGCAGCGGGCCUUGUCACCAUGUCACUGGACGUUGUGAUUGUUUGCCUGGAUUCUUUGGCUCACUCUGCAACCAAGUGUGUGCCGGUGGAAGGUAUGGGAAGAACUGUGCUGAGGUCUGUCAGUGUACAAACAACGGCACAUGCAAUCCUAUUGAUGGAACCUGUCAGUGUUUUCCGGGGUGGAUCGGGAAAGACUGCUCUCAGACUUGUCCAGCGGGUUUUUGGGGACCAGAUUGCGUUCACACAUGCAACUGCCACAACGGAGCAAUGUGCAGCCCUUAUGAUGGAGAAUGUAGAUGUACUGCUGGCUGGACUGGGCUCUACUGUACUCAGCGUUGCCCAGCGGCCUUUUAUGGAAGAAAUUGUGCCAAUGUUUGUCAGUGUCAGAACGGAGCAGAUUGUGACCACGUCACUGGGCAAUGCACAUGCAGAACUGGAUUUACGGGCAAACAGUGUGAGCAAAAGUGUCCACCUGGAUCAUUUGGGUAUGGUUGCAAACAGCUAUGCGAAUGCAUGAAUAAUGCUACAUGUGACCAUGUUACUGGUACAUGCUACUGUAGUCCAGGCUUCAAAGGAAUCAGGUGCGAUCAAGCGGCUCUUAUGAUGGAAGAAUUAAAUCCCUAUACUAAAAUUAGCCCCGCUCUCGGAUCAGAGAGGCACUCAGUGGGAGCAAUCACUGGAAUUAUUAUUCUCCUUCUAAUUAUUAUGGUUUUGCUGGCACUAUUUGUGUGGUAUCGACGGAAACAGAAGGAGAAGGGGCAUGACAUGCCAAGUGUAUCUUACACUCCAGCCAUGAGGAUGACUAAUACCGAUUACUCACUUUCUGAUGUAUCUCAAGGUAGCGGCAGUGUACAUUGUUUUUCCAAUCCAAGCUACCAUACUCUGUCAUGUGGUGUGACUUCACGCUUCUUUACCAAUAAUCUGGAUGGAAACAGCUCCAGUAAGCUCAGUAACAAAGUCCCCGACAGAGAAACUGCAGACUGGAGACCGUACAGCUAUCUGAAUGAACUAGGUGCUUGUGGGAUGGAUAGACGUCAGAACACAUACAUAAUGGAAAAAAGCUUCAAAGAGUAUAUGAAAGAAUCUGUGUGUAGUUCAAGCACCUGCUCUCUGAACAGCAGCGAAAACCCAUACGCCACCAUUAAGGAUCCACCCAUCUUGACAUGUAAACACUCGGAGAGCAGUUAUGUGGAAAUGAAAUCACCCAUUCACAGGGAUUCACCCUAUUCAGAAAUGCCAACCUCAUCAAAGACUAAUAAAAAUAUAUAUGAAGUUGAGCCCACUGUCAGUGUGGUCCAAGAAGCCCGUGGUCGUAGUGUUAAUUACAACCAGAAUCCAUAUGACCUGCCUAGGAACAGCCACAUUCCUAGUCAUUAUGAUCUUCUCCCUGUAAGACACAGCCCUACCCAUGGGGCAUCUUGGGACAAGCAGUCUUAAAGGGAUACGCUUCGCUGUCGCAAUGUGCUGCGAACAUUCUCUCUGACUAAAUGAAAGAAACGAAGACAAUCCUUUUUGGUUUUGCAAUAUGCUGACGUGACUUGAAAUAGUAUUACACAAGGAACCUAACCUAACAGAACAUUCAUUCGGGCCAACUGCUGCUGCAUGAUAUUGAAAAAGAUGUUUUUAUACUGAUCACAGAAAAAUAAAGAACCAUCAUCUCCAUCUGACUGGAAUAAUUACUCAAGGAAGCAGUUUACAGAGUCCAGUCAAAGACUCUACAGACUGUGUUCUCUUAACUGUAAACUAAAAGCAACCCACCCACCCCCCAACUGUAAGUA